AUGUAUCUUGGCUAUAAUAAACUCCAAGGUGUCAUUCCCAAAGAAAUCGGAAGUUUGACCCAGCUUAAGGAGAUGUAUCUUGGCGGCAAUAAACUCCAAGGUGAGAUACCAUAUGAAAUUGGUAAUCUUCGUAAUCUUGAACAUUUAAAUCUUGAAUUGAACAACCUUGUGGGUCCUGUCCCAUCUGCUAUUUUCAACAUCUCAACAAUGAAAGCCCUUUCAUUCUUGUUCAAUAAGCUUUCGGGAAUUCCUCCAUCAACCGCAGAGUUUCCAAACCUUGAGCAGCUUUACUUGGGAGAUAAUAAUUUCACUGGGCCAUUUCCUGGUUUCAUUACCAAUGCUUCCAAGCUCUCUAUUAUAGAAAUGGGAUUCAACUCAUUCUCAGGCUUCAUCCCAGAAACAAUUGGUAACUUAAAAAAUCUUGAGCGGCUUUACUUAUCUGGUAAUUACUUGACAUCUUCUACUCCAGAUUUGAGUUUAAUUUCUCCUUUGACAAAUUGCAAGAAUUUAAGGCAUCUAGUUUUAGGAGGAAAUCCUCUGAAUAGCAUCCUUCCAAGUUCCAUAGGCAAUCUUUCUGUUUCUUUGGAAAGUUUAUACAUGAAUGAAUGCAACAUUAGUGGAAACAUUCCCAAAGAAAUUGAAAACUUAAACAACUUGAUAGUUUUACAAUUGGAAGACAAUGAAUUGACUGGAUCAAUUCCAGUUACACUUGGUGGAUUACAUAAACUCCAAGGUUUGAAUCUUGAACGUAAUAAAUUGGAAGGAUUCAUCCCAAGUAGUCUUUGUCAAUUGAAUGAAUUGUUUGAGUUGCUAUUGGGUGGUAACAAGAUCUAUGGAUCCAUACCUGCAUGCUUAGGUAAUCUCAGUACACUUAGAAAAUUGUCGUUAGGUUUCAACAAAUUAACUUCUUUUAUACCCUCAACUUUGUGGAACCUUAAGGAUAUCUUGUACUUGAAUUUGUCAUCAAAUUCUUUGAAUGGAUCUCUUCCAUUAGAGAUUGGAAAUCUUAAGGUUGCAAUAAACAUAGAUUUGUCAAGGAAUAUUCUUUCAGGAAAUAUUCCAACUGUUAUUGACAGCCUAGAAAAUCUACAGAACCUUUCCUUAGCAUUCAAUAGAUUACAAGGCUCAAUUCCUGAAACAUUUGGUCACUUGAAAAGCUUGGAAUUCUUGGAUUUGUCAAGUAACAAUCUUUCUGGAUUGAUUCCCAAGUCUUUAGAGGUACUUUUUUACCUUAAAUAUCUAAAUUUAUCUUUCAACCAACUAAGCGGUGAAAUUCCUAAAGGAGGAUGCUUUGGAAAUUUCUCAAUUGAAUCAUUUAUGGGGAACCUUGCAUUAUGUGGUUCUUCUCGACUGCAUGUUCCACUAUGCAAAACCAGAACACAUGGAAAGUCAAGUUCAAGAAAAGUUAUGUUGUUCAUUGCUUUGCCACUAAGCAUUACAUUCACAUUGGUUGUCUUUGUUUUUAUUUUUGUGUUGAUGAAAUGCCGAAAAAAGAGAACAAGGCCACCUACACAUGUUGAGAUGUAUCCACAACGUACAUGGAGAAGAAUUUCUUACCAUGAACUUGUGAGAGCAACACAUGGAUUUAGUGAGAACAACCUGCUUGGGAGAGGAAGUUAUGGUUCAGUUUUCAGAGGAAGAUUACAUGAUGGGAUGGAGCUUGCAGUAAAGGUAUUCCACUUGCAUUUUGGAGAAGCGCUUACAAGUUUUGAAGCUGAAUGUGCGGUAUUGAGUAAUAUUCAUCAUCGAAAUCUUGUCAAAAUCAUCAGCAACUGUUCAAAUGAUGAUUUUAAAUCUUUGAUACUAGAGUACAUGCCUAACGGGAGCCUUGAGAAGUGCUUUUAUUCUGACAACAACGUUUUGGAUAUUUCACAGAGGUUGAACAUAAUGAUUGAUGUUGCAUCAGCUUUGGAAUAUCUCCAUUUUGGUUAUUCAGUCCCCAUUAUUCAUUGUGACUUAAAGCCUAGCAACGUCUUGCUAGACGAAAAUAUGGUUGCACAUUUGAGUGAUUUUGGUAUUGCAAAGCUCUUAGGUGAAGAAGGCUCUAUGACACAAACACAGACCCUUUCCACUAUUGGUUAUAUGGCUCCAGAAUAUGGAAGAGAAGGAAAAAUAUCUAGACAAGGGGAUGUAUACAGCUAUGGUAUUAUGCUUAUGGAAACCUUUACAAGGAAGAAACCAACAGAUGAAAUAUUUAUUGAAGGAAUGAGCUUAAGGACCUGGGUUGGCGAAUCAUUAUGUAGAACAAUAAUGGAAGUUGUGGACACAAAUUUGCUAAGAAGGGAUGAUGAACAUUUCUCUAGAAAGGAGGAAUGUGUAUCAUCCAUCUUGAGUUUGGCUGUAGAGUGCACAAGAGAAUCAACUCUGGAGAGGAUCAACAUAAAAGAAGCAGUAAGUAGACUGUUGAAAAUUAGAGUCUAAUUUACAAAAAUUGGAACCAAAAGAGGCAGAAGAAUUUGAAAUUUAGAGAGAAAUGGGUGAGAUUGCUUGCCAAACCGGCCAUGAAUAAAAUAAUGGUUUGAGUUUCAGAGAGGAUUUACGUGUGAAGAUGAAGAACCCUUCUUUCAGAGAAGUUUUAGACUAAGUUCAUAUUUUCUGGUCAACUUUGAUCAAGAAGCACUUGAAAUGAUAUUUUUAAUUUGUUAAACCUUUGUGUAGUAAAGAUAAAGUUUAGGGGGAUUGUAAAUUUUUCCCAUAUUUAAU